CACAACAAGUAUGCAUGAAGAUCAGAGUGAAAAAAUGCGCAGGGCCAGGCAGGCCUGGGACGCUGCUCGGGAAUCACCUAUUAUUGAAGAUGAGCAAAAACCAAGCAAGUUUCUGAGCUUCAUCCAAAUCAUCACAUGUACUUUUGUGGGAAUCUUGGUGUUUGGGCUAGCAUUCUUCAGCAAAGCAUCUCUGUUGAUAUUGAUAAACCUCUGCAGUGGAACAUCAACCACCAUAGAAACCAAACCUUAUGCUCGCCUCUUCAUUGGGUGCCUUCUAAUUGCUCCAAGUGUUUUACUGCUGAUCAAAAGCAUUUGGAAAAUUACUUUUAAGGAUUCAAAAACCCCAUCGAUGCAAACUUUGCUAUGGAUUCUGCUAGUGGAAACUUUGGUGGCUGUUGGAUCUUCCAUCCUUACCCUGAUCACUAUGCCCCAAUUUGACAUCCUGACCAAUGUGAUGCUUCUGAAUGGCAUUGCCACAUUGUCAGCCCUGCUGCAGGUGGUGGCAAACGCAGUCGCGCAUGGAAGGAGACGAUUUAUUGCAACUUCAAUAGCCGCUGUCAUUCUCCUAAUUGCAGGUUUUUGCCUCUUUGCUGUUAACUACCUCAGAAAGCCGAACAUGGGACUGUUCGUGGGUUUAGCCAUAGGAGGCACUUUCCUGGUCUCUUUGAACUGGUGGGAGAACUAUGCAAUGCUUUUCCGCAUCAUCUUCUUCCAGAACACAAUCCGAGACAUCAAAAGGUCCCAAAACUUUGUGAACAUUGUGGCUAGCUUGGUGCGAAUUGUUGUGACCUUCACUGUCCUUGGAGCUUAUGUGAAGGAGAAGGAGUGGCCAUCAGUGCUUUCAGUCACCAGCUUUACCAAAACCCUUGUUCUGAGCCUCUUCGCUAUUCAGGUUCUAUCUUCAACUUUGUGUCGCUAUGUGGUCGUGGCUGCCUGCAAAAUGCAUGCUGUGCGCCGCAGCUACCUCAUUCCCAUGAUCUUCACAUCUCCAGCAACGUUGGGUGCCUUCAUGCUGGCUGUUGGAAUUCCCAUUCCGAACAUCAAACCACAGAACGGAACCUCAUUAGCUGACUCAUUUGCUGACUACUGUAGCACCUUUAUUAUUGUGGAAGGCCCAGCUCUUGGCAUCAUGAGACUGUUGCUGAGUGAUUUAACACGUAACCUCUGUCACCACAUGGCAGACAAUGAGUCAUCGGUGGGUUUUGGUCUGCUUGGAUCGUCUUUGGUGAGCUGGUGGCUUGGCCUGGUGCUCUGCACACUCUACAUCUGGUUCUUGAACACAGAACGUAUUGCCAGGACAAAGGACCUGUUUGUGCGCAAUCUUUAUGAAGCAGCGUUCAUUGACCAGUCCAUGCUCCUGAACUGCAAGUUCGAGAUUCAGCCAAAACUUAACAGCAAUAGGGAAAAGGAGAAGGUGACCAUCUACCUCUGUGCAACCAUGUGGCAUGAGACUGCAGAUGAAAUGAUGAAGAUGAUCAUCUCGAUGUUCCGGCUGGACAAGUUCCGACCAAAGAAAAACCAAUUUAAUGAUGUUGUUUUUGAGUCUCACAUUUAUUUCGAUGAUGCUUUCCUGACCAAAGACAACAAACGGUGUGUCAAUGAAUAUGCUGAGACCCUGGUGGAAGUCAUCAGAGAGGUUUAUGUCAUAUUCACAGAGGAUACCAAAAGUGUAUUUAGGGACAGAAAGCCUCUCCCUGACCAGAAAAUCUUCCAGACGCCGUAUGGCUGCCGUCUUCAGUACACACUUCCCCAAGGCAACACACUGUUUGUUCACUUCAAGGACAAACACCAGAUUCGCCACAAAAAGAGAUGGUCUCAGAUCAUGUACAUGUACUACCUUCUUGGCUGGAGGCUGAACAAGAAAUAUUAUCAGAUGUACAUGGAAGGGGAUGAGCAACUGAUAAAUAUUGAAGACCAAUUAAAAAAAGCCAAAGAGACCACAUACAUUCUGGCUUUAGAUGGAGACACAGAUUUCCAGCCUUCAGCUGUCAUGCUUUUAGUGGAUCGGCUCAGAUUGUACCCAGAAGUGGGAGCUGCUUGUGGCAGGAUCAAUCCCACUGGCACAGGCCCAAUGGUAUGGUAUCAGAAAUUUGAGUAUGCUGUGGGUCAUUGGCUCCAGAAGACAGCUGAACAUGUGUUCGGAUCUGUAUUGUGCAGCCCGGGCUGUUUCAGCCUGAUGCGUGGAGAAGCACUCAUGAGUGACAAUGUCAUGAAGAGAUAUACAACAAAAGCAACUGAGGCUGCCCACUAUCUACAGUAUGACCAGGGUGAGGACCGCUGGCUGUGCACGCUGCUCCUGCAGCAGGGAUGGCGAGUGGAGUACAACGCUGCCUCUGACUCAUACACCAAUGCUCCACAGGAGUUCAAGGAGUUUUACAACCAACGGCGGCGCUGGGGCCCGUCCACCAUGGCCAACACUCUGGACCUUCUUUCCAAUGGCAGUGUUACUGCACGAAUGAACAAGUCCAUAUCACGACCUUACAUUCUCUACCAGACUAUCACCAUGGCUGCCUCGAUCUUGGGGCCAGCUACGGUCUGUCUCAUGGUUGCAGGAAGCUUUAAAUUCGUCCUCAAAGUAGAUGCCAAUGUUGCACUUGUGAUGGCGAUUGUUCCUCCUGCAGUCUACAUGUUUCUCUGCUAUUAUCUCGGGCAAGCAAAAUCAGACUUGCAGAUCAGCAUUGCUGGCAUCAUGAGCAUAAUCUAUGCUUUUCUGAUGACAGCAACUGUCUUAUCUAUUAUAGGGGACAUGGUAGUGGAGCAGACUUUCAUGACCCCAAGUGGCUUGUUCUUCAUUGGCAUAAUCACCAUGUACAUUUCCACGGCUCUUCUUCAUCCUCAAGAAUUCCAUCUUAUCAUCUUUGGCUUCCUUUACUUCAUCUGCAUCCCCAGUGGCUACCUGCUGCUGGCUAUUUACUCCAUGGUCAACAUGAACAACGUGUCAUGGGGCACACGCGAAUCUGCCCGCCAGACCACCGAACCUGAGGAGAACAUCCAGAAAAAUGUCAAGUGCCAGAAGCUGUUCAAAAUAUGUGGCUACAGCUUUGAGUUUCAGGUGAACAAAGAAGAGAAAGUGAUGUGUGCAGUGCCGGAGAAUGCACCCCAAGCCACACUUUUGAAUGUUGAAACCAAAGUGCCCACCCAACCUGAAGAAGGACCUUUCAUUGAGAACUUUUUUAUUCAACAGUUGGCAGAAAGCUCUGGUGAACUGGCCCUUAGGGAGCACAGAUUUAAUGUGGAAGAAGAAAGUUUUUGGAAGGACCUCAUUGAACAAUACCUAAAACCAUUAGAGACUGAUAAAAAAAAGGAGGAAAAAAUCAAAGCAGAUCUGAAAAACCUACGCAACAAGGCAACUUUUGUGUUUUUCAUCUGUAAUGCCCUGUGGCUUGUGGCUACUUUCUUUUUGCAAGCCAUUGGCAGUGCAGUGAGCAUCAGCAUCCCAAAAGUUUAUGUCAAUGGAACUGUUGACCCUAACGGGAGGAUUUAUAUCGAUCCGAUUGGACUUAUGUUCCUCAUCAGUUUUGCAGGCCUCCUUAUUGUCCAGUUUUUAGCUAUGCUGUGGCACAGAGUUCAGACUUUAAUCCACUUCAUUGCUUACACUGGGACUGAGGCCAUGGUUAACAAGAAGGUGAGGAAUAACUCCCUGGCACUGGUCAAUGAAGUCACUGAAGAAAAUAAUUUUCUUUAGGUGGAAAUUAAAUUGAUUAAAAGUCUACAAUUGGAUGAUCUAAAAGAUGGGAAACUUUGCAACAACACACAAACCUGCCAAGCCUGGGUUUUUUUAAACACUAUUUACAAUUAUUUGUUACUUCUGUGAUUAUUAUUAUUAUUAUUAUUAUUAUUAUUAUUAUUAUUGUUGUUGUUGUUGUUGUUGUUGUUGUUGUUGUUAUACAGGCUGUCUUUUUAUUGAAAUUGUGCUGUUUCUCAUGAGCCAUGUAUAAUCUAUGUAUAUAUUUAAUUUCUGUUUCAAGAUGGAUUUGAGCCAUUUACUCAUUUACCUGUGUUAGAUCUUAAAGUUACAAGGCAAAAUGAUUGUAAUCUGUCCAAAACUGUCUCAUAGAUCAUAAAAAUGUUUGAUGUUUUACAAUAAACCACUGCAUGUAAACAUG